AGCUUGAUUUUGUGUUUAUUUUGGUAUGAUUUUAGGUGAGACAUGGUCUUCAUUGAUGGGUGAUUUAUCAAUUUCUAAUAUUGGUAGAUUAGAGAAUUUUUCAACCUCUUCUUUUAUUGCUUAGCCCAACUUGCGUGUUGUUAUCUUCAAUGCAAUAUGUAUAACCUCUUCUUAAUACAUGAAAAGAAGAAGUUUAGAUUUUUCCUUUGUAUUUGUUCAUAUAGUUAUCAACUAUUCAACUGUUUGAUUGAACAGUGAACCUUGUGGUACUGUAUAUUUGCUGCUUGGGUUUUUCAGAAAUUUGCCAUUCUGAUAGGUGCCUAUGUAUAGUAAACAAAAGAAAUUUCAGAGAACAUAGUUGUCUGUUUGUUGUAUAGCCUGACGGAGGCCUCAAUUGAGCAGUGAAGUCAAAGCUGGAGAUGCCAAAUGAUUUAUUAUGGCAUUUCCAAAACGAGAAUGUAGAUGGUUUUUGAUAUAGUGGCCCAAAUAAUAUCCAGUAUAAUACCAGAAUAGAGCUUGGAUUGUCUGUUCUAAACUUGUGUUCUCUUCUCCUACAUAUUUUGAUGGCUGAGGAGAGUUUCAGUUCACCAGUGACACCAGAUAUUACCAAGCCAGUUGGGGGUAAUUUAAGAAGAAACUCCUUGGCAGGAACAGGUUCUGCAAACAGUGGAGAAAAAACUCUUCCUCGAUAUCUGAGGGCUUCUACUGGUUCUUGUCAUGAUUUUUGCAAAUAUGGGAAGAAACAUGAAUCUGAAGAGAAGGCUAGACAUUACUUUCCGAAGAGGAUUAUAAAAAAGCCAUGUGAUGAGCCAAAUUCAUUUGAGAGCUUGGACUUGCCACAGAGGAAGGAGACAUCAGCAGUUAAGUCCAAAUCUUUCCCCAAUUCCAGAGCUCAUACCCCUAACACUUCUAAUGUCAUCAAGCUUCAAGUGUCCAAAGACCCUCCUGACAGAAAAAAUUCUAAGAUACAUGAAGCUCUGUCAAAGAAAGAAAAGGCAACUGUGGCAAAGCUCAAGCUCAAACAUUCUCCCAAUUCCAGAAGUCGUUCCUAUGAUAUCUCUGAUGUCAUCAAGCUUGAAGUGCCCACAAACUCUUCUGACAGCAAAACUCCUAGGAAACAUGAAGUUCUGUCAGAGGCGAAACAGACAUCAAUGGCAAAGCUCAGAUUGUCACCCAAUUUAAAAUCCCGCUUAUCUGAUGCCCCUAAAUUCAUGCAGCAGGAUGGAUCAUCAUCUUCUGAGAGAGUUCAAAUCUCUUCAAAAGAAGUUCCAUCUAAAGCUAUCGAAAAAAGCUUUUCUAAACGGCAUACUACUUCUUUGAAGCUGAAAUCUGUAGCAGAAAAAAAUCCUUCUUCUUCUGUCCUUUCAGAAGGUUUAACUGUAAGGAGAAACAGUGGAAUCAGUGAUAUGAAGAUGGGAAAAAGGACUGUGACCUCCAAAGUAGCUGUAAAGAAAGUAGUGGCAUUGCCAAGAGCUUCAUUGUCCCCAAGACCUUAUCUCACUAGAGCUACAAGCCUAACCACAAGAAAGAACAAGAACUUGAAAGUUGUGCCUCCACAGAAGAAUCAGAACAAGGUCAACAAGUAUGAAACUGAGCAACCUCUCAAUGAACAUAGUGAAAGCAAUAAUGACAUACUUCAGGAGAAAACCCUUUAUGUUAUCAAGAUGGAGACACAAUCUGAUAAAAAUGAAAUUUGUGCUGCUGAAUUGUCUUCACCUAUUGCUUCAUCUCCCAAGCCUUCAUCCCUCCCAAUCUCUCCAUCUUUGUCAUACCAUAGUGAAAGAGAUCAAGAUGAAUCUGAGUAUUCAGUGACUGAAGUAGAGGAUGACUCUGACUCUGAAUAUGAUGAAGAUGAAGCUGUAAAUAUGGAAGAAGCAGAAAUUUUGGAAGGGGAAAAUGGAGGAAGGCCCAGAAAGGCCGGGACGGUUAUCUCUAAUGACAAGGAUGGCCGACCUGUGAAAUUAUCUUUCAGGAGAGGAAAGGUUGUUGACAUUCAGUCUGAGAAUAAUGGUCCAAGGAGGCUGAAGUUCAGGCGAGGAAGAGUACUGGGGGAGAACCAAAAUAUUAAGGCUGAAGGACGGAGAACAUAUAGGAGGAGAGGAGCUGAUGGUGACACAAAUGACGACAAACCUAGUGGGGAAAAGGUUGUUUUGAGACACCAGGAUAUGCAGGGGAAGAAAGAUGACAAGGGUUUGUUCAACAAUGUCAUCGAAGAAACUGCUAGUAAACUUGUUGAAACCCGAAAAAGUAAGGUUAAGGCCUUGGUUGGUGCUUUUGAAACUGUUAUCUCCCUCCAAGACACCAAGCCUUCAGCAAACACUGUCACUUGAGUUGGGAUGAACUUCUCUAUUAACAAUUGGUUUGUAGGAGAAGGGUAGGAGAAUAAACCUAAGCUUCUGAGAGGCAACACCAAGCUUACAAUGCUGCGGAAGUGUAGAUUACACCUUUUUGACUUUACAGAUCCUGGAUCUUGAUUUGAAUGGUUGAUCCUGUGUGUACUGAUCUUGACAUGCUUCACAUACAGUCGUUCAAAAGGGUAUGCUUCUUUUUGUUUUUGGAGAUUAUACUAUUGAUUUGUAUCAUGUGAAUAAAACAAUAUACUCAUGACUUUCUGUAAUUCUCAGAGGUAAAAUAAAAGCUUGAUAACUGUGAAUUUUUUCA